AUGCGACCUUUCCUUGGAAAACGUCUCUUGACACGUGGGAUCAUGGACAUGUGCGAUAGCUCCAAGACCACAAUACGUACACCACAAGGUCUAACCGAAGCAAUAGACGUCACGGUUGGGGUACACCAGGUAUCAGCUCUGAGCCCAUUCCUCUUCCUGCUUACAAUGGGCGUCAUCGCAAAAGAACUCAUGGGUGGUCUACUGAUGAGCUUCCCCUAUGCUUAUGACAUCGCUCUGAUAAAGUGGAGCGAAGAAGCACCGCAGGACAAGCAGCAGAUAUAG